AUGCAAAUGUUGAAGGAAGAUUACAUUGGUGAAAAGCAUGUGAAAACAAUUCGAGUGGGGUUGAAAGAAGAGGAUAUUUAUGAGCUUUGUCAAGUAGUCCGCGAACAUCGUUCCACUCCAUUCAACUUAACAAUGACUGUAAACGAAGGCUUUGACUUCUCGAAAGUUCAAAGAUUGUUGGUUGAAAAAAAAAACAUUGAAUUAGUAGCUCCGAUCAUAGUUGAUGGGAAACCUGUCAAGAUUUCAUAUCGGCUUGGACAAUUAAAAUUUGAGCUAUUUGCGAAGUACGAGUUUCUGAAAGGCAAUUCACCUGCCCAAGCUAGUAGGAAUUUGUAUGAAACGAAGACAGGCGGAAUUGUGGAAAAUGUUCCUCGAGAAGACGCCGACGAUCUUGCGAGAGAACCAACAUCUACUGAAAUCGAUCCGGAACUCAGCGAUUACCAAAAACCAAAACGUGCAACUGUAUUAGACUGGUAUUGCGAUGUUUCUAGUCAGGACAUUGAUAAAAACUUCAAAAAGAUUGCCGAUCAAGAAUACAAAAAGAAUAUAAAGUAUGGGGAAAUUAAAGAUGAUAUCAAACCGCAUGACUGUUUGGACUUAUUGCUUAUGCUAAAAUUAUAUGAUGCACCUCAACGUGAUUCCUUGAAAAAAGCGUUUCCAAUGAACAGGGUGAUAGUGACCAGAGCAUAUGGAAAAGUCAAAGUUCAAAUUUUCAAACUUAAUGAUCCACCACUGAACCUACAAUACUGGAGGUGUCAAAAUGAGAAAUGUCUGGUUUGGAAAGGCUAUCAAGCAAGAUUUGACAAGACAUCACGAUUCCAACUGCAGGCGUCCAUUCAUUUAUACUAUGUUCUUCACAAGGCAAAAUUGAACGUGCUGGAAUUCAAAAGUGAAGAAUAUGAAAGUUGGGAUCCAAAACUUGACCCAUUUUUCUAUAUUCUCAAAUCCUUGAACUCUCAGUUCAGAAGUGACAUGGGAUCCGUUAAAGCAAAUAAGUUGAUAAUGGAAACUAGAUGGUACGGGGACACUGGCGAAAAGAAUGAAGAACAGAUGAAAGAUUUACUGAAACUGUUGAAUUCAAAACAUUUGGUAUCGAUUAAACUUCGAAAAUGGAAAAGUGUCGAAAACCCGAGAGAAGUGAGAGAAGCACAUGAGGAAACAAUCAAAAUUGACCCAUUGAUUUCAAAUAUGGAUCAAUGGAGAAACGCCAAAGAGUUGGAUAUCCAGAAUGAAGAUAUACAUUUGAAUGAGCAAGAUUUUAUGAACUUUGAAACGGUUCAUAUUAUCUUGAAGACUGAGAAAAUAUUGGAUUUCUGUGAAAGGAUUGGAGCAGAGCCAAAAAGAUUCUCUAACUUUGAAUCAAAUUUUGGCUGUUUUGUAAAAAUAUUGACGUCUUUCAAAAACUUAAGCUUCAAUUUUCAGCUCCAUGAGACUGAUUUCCGGGGACACAUUAUCACUUUCAUCGUUGACGAAUCUUUUGAUUUCAAGGCAGCGGAAGACAUGUUGGCUGCAAAAUUCAAGGGUUCCGUAAGAUACCCAAUGCCUGGAAAUCGAAGUCUCGAAUUGGUAUCAGAAAACUUUAAAAUUAUCUACCACAACGAGGAAAAGCCGAAACCGAGGAUUGCCAGUUACAGCCAACUCGUUGAGCGGGGUAUGAUUUGA